AUGCCCCGAUUCUCGGCGGAGAUCUGGAGCCCUGAUUUUCACGCGCCCUCCUGCCCCAGGCCUCUGAAGCCUCCGCGCGGCUUCUUGGAAUGUCAGAAGACAAAGAACUGCGUCGGCCGGUCGCCUCGAAAAAGGACAUGUUGCUGUGGUGGGCCGUCAAUGUGUCGGCUGGCUUCUUUCUAUCUGGCGCGCACAAUGUUCUGUUCUUCGCCUCCGAUAUCCACACCCCAGUCAUCCAUUUUAUGCACCACGCAUCGACCGCCGUUUUUUUGUUCCUGUUCUCGUUGGCGGGCAUUAUUCCUAAGCAACCUCCCCCUGCCAAUCAAAGAAUUCGCGAUUCCGGUGGCCGCAAAAGUACUCGAAACGUUCCUCUCCUCCAUCGUCCAUUCCCAAAAUCGGACCGGCGGAUUGUACGUCUUACGAAUUUUUGACGUCAUCACAACGGUGGCCAUCGUCUACUGGGGGAAGCAGUUCGGGUUGAGCGACAAGGAGAAGCCGGCCAAUAAGCAUUUGCUCCUCCUCGGUCUGGCUGCCUCCCUCUCUUGGCUAGAAUUCGGCCAAAUGGAAUACACCUUCUUUAGUUUCAUUUGCUCCCCAUUGUUGGCCCUGGCUAGAGCAUAUUCGAUUUUGAGCGUCUGGAGAUUGGCCCAAAAACUCCGCCCACCAUCGCUUGAUCUCCUCACGAUGUACUAUUGUGGAUUGACGGCCUUGGCUCUGGCUCUCCCGGCUCUGAUCUCAUUCUCAAGUCGAACCGUUGAAGUGACGGCUUCCUGGGAGAGCAUUGAUACGGUGUUGAUGUACCUCUCUCCCAUUUUCAUGGCCUCGGCCCUCUACUCGGAACUCUGGCUUUGCCUCGUCGCCGGCCCCAAGACCUUCCAGGUAGCAGAACAUGGAAAGUACUUCCUGGCCUCCCUCGGGCAGUGGAUCAUCCAAAAUAUGGCCCAUCCUUCAAUCCUCGCCCUGAUCGGAAAGAUAUUGUUUGUCGGAUCGGCCGUACGGGCCGUGGCUCAUGGCUUUUCCGAG